UAAACAAUAUCUCAUAUUUUGUUCGGUCGCGGCUGGAACUGGGACGCUCGACCUGGUGUAAACAUUUUAAUAAAUAAACAUUUAAAAAAUCUGCAACAACCAGUAAUUUCUUUAGUAUACACUGAAACAGAAAGGUCACAAGAGAAGGACAUACAGUUGAUGAAUAGCAGAAUGGACGUAGUGUAGUUGACGAGCUCACUAACUCUGCUGUCUUGAAAAUGAACUGAAAGCAACUUUUAGUACUGUAUGACAUUUAUUUAAGCCUUUGACGCAUCGAAUAAAAGAUUCCUGUGAAAUGUUUCGUCAUUUAUUCUGUCUCAUUGUUCUAAUCGCCGUUCAGACUAACAAAGCGGCAGAGAUCAGGAUCGAUCCGGAUAUUUUUGGUUUUCAAAGCGCCAUAUACGAAACCAACUUUGUGUUCCCUGGUACAAUGUGGUGUGGUGCAGGACAUGUGGCAGAGAGUUACGAGGAUUUGGGUUCGGAGUGGGAGACCGACAUGUGCUGUCGGGAGCACGAUCACUGCACUGACCUUAUACCCGCCGGGGAGACCAAGCACGGCCUCACCAAUGACUGCUUCUAUGCCAGAUUAAGCUGUGAAUGUGAUGAAAAGUUUCGGCUAUGUCUUAAAAAUGCUAAUACGGAUAUAUCGCAUACAGUUGGCAUGACGUACUUCGAUACUAUUGGAACGAAGUGUUACAGAAAGGACUACCCGGUCGUAGGUUGCCAGAUGUACGGAGGCAUGUUCAUGCCAAUUUGCUUGGAGUACGAAUUUGAUAAGAAGAGCAAACAGAUCUACCAGUGGUUCGACGUCAAGGGGUACUCUGAGUGAACACGAAUCUAUUGAAAUCACUUCCAGGAAAGUGCAGGAUUUUUUCUCUUAUUCUUUUCUCUUAUAUCCGUUAUAGACUAGUCAACAAGUGCCAUUUGCACCAACUUUUUUCAGCAGUCUCCGAAAAUUAUAAGCGAGGUGUCAUUCGAUUUGGAAUGGCAUCUAGAUGAUUUUUGAGAAAAAUGUAGUUCCGCUUGCAAAAAUUGUAAAAGUUAUUAACAAUUAACUAAAAAAAAAGGG